CUGUCGUCGGGCCAGGAGCUGCGCCUGCGCUGCGAGGGCCCCGAGCGCCCGCGCUGGCUCUUCCCGUUCGCCGAGGAGGGCGAGGUGGACGAGCCGCUGCUGCCGGACGUCGAAGAGCAGUCGCCCCGGGCGGCGGCCGCGGGCGGCGCGCCCGCCCGCUGGGCCGCCACGCUGCACCUGCCCAACGCCUCCUACUACCACACGGGCGCCUACGCCUGCGUGCGCCACGCCGACCCGCCCGACUCGCUCGAGCCGCCCAAGCACCUCGUCGACAUCUACGUCUACGUCGCAGACCCGGAGUUCCCGUGGGUGCGCGCGGGCGUGGUGACGACGUGGGCGAUGCAGCACGAGGAGGCGGUGCUGGACUGCCGCCCCAACAACCGCAGCCUGCACGUGAAGCUGCUCAACAACAUAGACGAGGAGGUA